AUGGAAAAUGAUCAUGCGUCUCCUUCUUGUUUCAAUGGCCGUCUUCUUCGGCUUCUUGCGAAGCAUUCCAACCAGCAUUAUACGGGAUUGCAGAUGGCUGCUCAUGGACAGCGGGCGGCCCUGACGACCGCAUCCCGACGGCGGAUCCGCCAAGUGGCGAUUGGGCUGGUGUUGCGACAUUUCACUGCUCCAUGGGCUGAGCAAUUUCUUCCUGAUGCUGAGGUUCAACUGCAGCAAGCGUAUCCUGGAAGAGCUGAGCUUGUCUCGUCUGUAUUUGCUCCUCGUGUUGCUUCCAAGCUUGGGCAGAGGGCGACUGAGUUCACGUUCAGCUCACAGGCGCCUGUCUUUACGCCGGGCGUUGCACCCCCGCUUCCGAUGAUCUCUGUUCCGGAGUUUCUUCAGAACUCUCAGACCACGUGCGACAUACAGUUUCCAUCUCACAAUGCACUAGCCGAAGACAUGAACAACACGAUAGCGAUGCUCAAAGGCAAGCUCGACCAGUUGCCAUCAUCCUCUGUUUGUGCUGAUGCAGGCUAG